CAUUGGGUGUGGUGAGAGACAGGCAGUGAAGAGACUCAGAUUGAAACUGGCAAGAUAGAGAGCAAAAAAGAGCAAAGUAAACUGAGUAUUGAUUGAGAAAAAAAGUGUAUAUUACGCUUUGAAUUAAAAGUGCGGCUCAGGUUUUUAAACACAUCGAUCCUGAAGGACUACCCUUUGACUACGAUCAUUGGACUUAAGUGCAUGAGUGGGACUGCUUGGACACAGUGAUGUAAACGUUGCUCGUAGGUUGGCUAGUAAAGGUUUGACAGCUGAAAGACCAAAGGAGGCAAGGACGCAGAACCCGAGACAUGGCAGAGGCACCAAAGAUUGAACUCUUCAUCAAGGCAAGUGAUGAUGGUGAAAAAGUUGGCAACUGUCCGUUCUGCCAGCGGCUCUUCAUGAUUCUCUGGCUUAAGGGAGUUAAUUUUACCAUCACCACAGUGGACAUGAAGAGAGCUCCAGAGGUUCUGAAGGACCUAGCUCCAGGCUCUCAGCCCCCAUUCCUCCUUUAUAACGGAGAGGUACGCACUGACACUAACAAGAUUGAAGAGUUUCUGGAAGAGACACUGGCACCCCCACAAUAUCCCAAACUGUGCUGUCGCUAUAAGGAGUCAAACCGUGCUGGUGAUGAUAUCUUCCACAAGUUCUCUGCUUACAUCAAAAACCCUAACCCUGGACUUAAUGAUAUGCUGGAAAAGAAAUUUCUGAAGAGUCUGAUGAAGCUAGAUCAGUACUUGCUCACCCCUCUUCCAUACGAGUUGGAUAAUGACCCGAAUCUAACUCGGUCCACCCGAAACUACCUGGAUGGAGACUCACUCACUCUUGCUGACUGCAACCUUCUCCCCAAGCUACAUAUCGUCAAGGUUGUGUGUAGGAAAUAUCGUGAUUUUGGGAUCCCUGCUGCCCUCACUGGUCUGACUAAGUACCUGGAGAAAGCCUACCAGCGGGAAGAGUUCGGCUUCACGUGCCCCAAUGACGCAGAGAUCCUGCUCGCCUACCACUCAGUGGCCAAAUAUCUCAACAAGUAGAUCGAGUAUAGCAGAGAAUGGGUGGGGCUUGGGAAUAGAGUGGUUUCAAGCCUGAAUCAUAUGGCCCGUAAAUAAAAUUCUAUGUUAGAGGUUUCAAAUCACCUGUGGUUUGUAGGUGGAGGUUCUUUUUGUACAAAUGAGACAUUAUGUGUAUUGUGAGUAUUUGCUGCCUUCUUUGUUUCAUAUUAACAUGUCUGCAUAUUUGUUAUUAUUACUUUUGGUGCUGCCAUAUUCCCUGCAUAUAUGGAAUCAUUUGUCUGUACAAUUUAAAGUGUAAAAUCUCAGCUGAAAAAAUAAUGGUAACCAUUUGAGGUUUCUAUUGGUUCCUGGUGACUUUAUAAUGGUUUGUAAUAGUUAUUAAUGGUAUGUGUAUGGGUUAUCACAGUGGAAAUGGUCCUAAUGGUUUGUCAGUGGUCACCAACCCUGUUCCUGGAGAUCUACUUUCCUGAAGACUUUAGCUUUCAUUGCCUUAAAAGUUCUUGAGAUUUUGGUUGGAGAUGAAACCUGCAGGAAGGUAGAUCUCAAGGAAGAGGGUUGGUGAUCAUUGGUUAAAGUGGUGAUGAGUCUGAGUCAUUCUAGAUAAGUGUGAGUCAUUCUAGAUGAACAUGAAGGUGUCCUACAGGAGUCUGGUGGUCUCUGUGAUGAGCUCGCAGUAGUAAGCUGUUGUUUAAAGGUGAUUUAAUGUACAUAAUUGACUUUGCUUCAAAUAUUCUAGACUGCAGGCUUUCUGCAAGAAAGCGUUCAUGGAUAUCAAUACAGGACUUGCACAGCAUUAGAACACAACAAUGAAAUUAAUUGGGCGGCACAGCAGGGAGUGUUUCCGUCUCACAGCAUCAGGGUUCCUGGUUCGAUUUUACUGUCUGUGUGGAGUUUUGCAUGUUUGAUCCCUGUUGACGUGGGUUUCCUUAAGGUUCACUGGUUUUCUCCCAAUGUCCAAAAACAUGCCAGUAGGUGGGUCGGCUAUGCUAAAUUGCCCACUGGUGUAAAUGAGUGCACGGUGAACUCCGAUGGACAGCCAACCAGGGUGUAUUCCUGCCUGUGUUACCAGGAUGGGCUCUGGAUCCACUGCCACCUUCAUCUCCCAAGAUAAAGCUGUUACUGAAGAUGGACCAAUUCAAUCACACUGAAUAUAUCUGAGAUUGGUAACUGAAUCAAGAACAAAGACCAAGUGAUCUGGUGGGAAAAUGUUUAAUGGAAACCAUUAGGGCAAUUUCUAUUAACAAUAUAUUCUUCUUUCUUUCUUUCUUUCUUUCUUUCAUUAACAAGAUUACACAUGCCAUCCAAUUCUGUCUAAGAGAACAAAAAGCACUGAAGUGAAUUAAAGAAUAAAUAAAAUGUGAAUUUUAAAUUGUGUCAGGUUAACUUGUACAUCUUUAUCUGCACCUAUUUGCAAUUUACCAGUGUAUGAUCUGUAUGAAGUUGGCUGUUGUGUGAUAUAAACAAAUAUUAUAAAGAUUA